AUGCAACCCACAGAAAUCCUCGCCAUUCUGGCGGGAACUUACCAACUCCUUAACACUUCAGCGACGCGCGAUGGGGUGCCUGUAAAGGACCGGACGUACGGCUCCAAUCCGGUCGGCAUUCUUUCCUACAGCAAGUCCGGCUACAUGUCUGCUACCAUCACGUCGACCGACCCCGAAGACCGACCGGCAAACUUGACGUUUCCCUCUCGAGAUGGCCAGUCUGACUCCGACUGGGCAAUCAUUGUAUUGGAUAUGCAGGGCCUGUCUCAAUCACCGACGCAAUCGAAGCCACUGCUACUUCUGGCCAACUCGUCCAUGGCCCCCUGA